AUGACCUUUCUUUAAUUAUCCGAAUUACGUUUCCUCAAGAAGACUCCCUGCUACCUCAGUGACAGCGUGUGUAGGGAAGAGCGGGUUGUCACCUUUCUCCCACUCUUUCAGUCUGAGGGGAAACUACCUGGGCCCUAAUAGUUGAGACAUCUCUCAGAGAGUUGGUGGCAGUUUAGUGUAAGCUGGAUGGGUCUGGUGGAACACUUGAGUUUAGAAUUGCCUCUGAAGAGAUUGUGAAAAAGGACUCACCUAAGGCUUCUGGUUCUUUGGAGCUUCAUCUCUAAAAUGAGGGGUGUGAAAUUGAGCCCAGAGCUACAUAUCGAGUCAAUAUUAUAAAAAUGCAUGGAAGUAAAGCAUUCUGAAGAAAAUCUAGGACCACAGAAUUUAUUUGCUGAAAUACAAUGUAUUAUUCAAAUCAAGAAUAAGAGUGGAGAAGAAUUAUUCAUUUUCCCUGCUAAAAUCAUGGAGGUAGAAGAACAACAGCAGCCAUGGAAGACCAGCUUUUACACAGAAUUGCCAAAAGUGGAACUUCAUGCCCACUUAAAUGGAUCCAUUAGUUCUAAUACUAUGAGGAAAUUAAUAGCCAAGAAGCCAAAUCUUAAAAUUCAUGAUCAUAUGACUAUGAUUGACAAGGGAAAGAAAAGAACUCUAGAAGAGUGUUUCAAGAUGUUUCAAAUUAUUCAUCAACUUACUACUAGCCCUGAAGAUAUUCUAAUGGUCACAAAAGAUGUCAUUAAAGAAUUUGCAGAUGAUGGUGUCAAGUACCUGGAACUGAGGAGCACACCUAGAAGAGAAAAUGAUACUGGAAUGACCAAAAAGACUUAUGUGGAAUCCAUACUUGAGGGUAUAAAACAGUCUAAACAAGAAAAUUUAGACAUUGAUGUUAGAUAUUUGAUGGCAAUUGACAGAAGAGGCGGCCCUUCAGUAGCCAAGGAGACUGUUAAACUUGCUGAAGAGUUCUUCCUUUCCACUGAAGAUACAGUUCUUGGCCUUGACCUCAGUGGAGACCCUACUAUAGGACAAGCCAAAGAUUUCUUGGAACCUCUUUUAGAAGCUAAAAAAGCAGGUCUGAAGUUGGCAUUGCAUCUUUCAGAGAUUCCAAACCAAAAUAAAGAAACACAAAUGCUCCUUGAUCUACUUCCUGACAGAAUUGGACAUGGAACAUUUCUCAACUCCUCUGAGGAAGGAUCCCUCAAUCUGGUAGAUUUUGUGAGGCAACACCAAAUCCCACUAGAACUCUGUUUGACCUCAAACAUCAAAAGUCAGACAGUUCCAUCUUAUGACCAGCAUCACUUUGGAUUUUGGUACAGCAUUGCUCAUCCUUCUGUGAUCUGUACUGAUGAUAAGGGUGUUUUUGCGACAUACCUUUCUCAAGAGUACCAACUGGCUGCUGAAACAUUUAAUUUAACCAAGUCUCAGGUAUGGGAUCUGUCUUAUGAAUCCAUCAGCUACAUCUUUGCUUCUGACAGCACUAGAUCUGAAUUGAGAAAGAAGUGGAAAAAUCUGAAGCCCAAAGUGUUACACUUUUGAGCUAUAAUAAGAUGAACUAGUUUUGUUUUGUUUUUUUGAUGUUCUGGGGAUCAAACCCAGGGCUUCAAACAUACCAGGCAAUCCUCUGAGCCACAUCCCCAGCCCAAGGUGAAUGAACUACUAUUGUAUAUGUUGCAAACGAGAUCUUUCUUUUAUGUCCCAUUCAGUAAAUUGUCUCCCACUUCCUUCAAAGCAUAGCAAAUUCAUGGGCUCUAUCACCAGGACCUUACAUAUGGCAGAUGACCAGUAAAUAGGUCUUAAACUGACUAGUAGUGACAUGGCUCCCUGGCUGCCAAGCCAUGCAGCCAGUCAUUGGUCCCUGCCAAGAAGCAACAGGGGAGGAGUGGCGUGGUAGAGCAGCAGCCCAGGUCAGAUGGAGUGCAGGCAGCAAGUGUGGGCCAUGGCUGCACAGAGACUAUCAUGCCAGCGUGGGCCUGAAGUGCAGAGGGCCUGAACCAGGGUGGACCAAUGCCAUAGGCAAGCCAAGACACACCCACCUGUCAUCCCACCACAGCUCGCCCCAAAUAGGGCACACACCUGCUCUGCUGGGCACCAUCGGGCUUCCUAGGGACCUCUGCCCCUACUGAACAUGUGCAAUUCACUGACCUCAUCCUCCUGCUUUCCAAGAAGCGGGGAGAAAAUGGAAGCACGGCAAACCUGAAUGGAAUUCUAGACUAACCAAUGGUGUUAGUACUUUUCCAAAUAGGAUUUAAAAUUAGCAUAAUUUUGGACCAGUGGCAUUAGUACUUUUGCAAACCCUGAUUUGCUUAAGUUUGGACCAAUAACACUGAACCAAGUGCUAUAUAAACCCCUAGACAAGCACACUCAGAUGGAGAAAACCUGCUAUCCGGUGUCCUCUUGCACUGCAAGAGUUCUGUUCCUGUUUCUAUUCUUCAGUAAACCCUGCCCUUACACUUGUUCAUCCUGGUCUGUGGAUUUCAUUCUUCAAAUUCAUGAGACAAGAAUCCAGAAACAAGAAGAAAUUGGUGGUGAGCUCCUGGGGGUCUGCUGCAAGACUGGAAGGCAUGGCCCAUCAUUACUAGCUGCAACAUUUUUUGGCUACAGAGGCCUGCAUCCUUACAUAGACCCCCACCCACCAGCAGAAGCAGAGGAACUCCAACUGCUGGAACACCAGCAGAAGCAGGGAAUCAAGUGUCAUCUCAAAACUCUGCUUUCAGCUGGCCUUGAGGUCUUACAUAGCUUACCUCCAUGCCAAUUUUUCAUUAGGAAAAGUUUUGGAAUUACUAGUGUAAGGUAAGGAGAAAGGGGAAACACAUGAUCGCCAAUACCUUUAAAGUUUCAAGCUUUUGACAGUAGCUCUGUAUUAUGUUGUGCUUACUUUAAUUAGACUCCCCUCAUUUACUUUAACUCUUUUAAGUAUUAUCCCCCAAGACUGUUAAUGCCAGGUCACACCAGACACCAUAGAGUUGUGUGAAUGCCUAAUAGUCAAGGUUCAUUUACUUUGGAUAUCUUAGUUACAAAGCUAGCUGUUAAAAUCUGGCUUUGCCCUUCUCAUGACUGUCCUUGUCAAUACUUGAGAGGGAUUAAAGUCUUUGCUCCAAUUUAGGAGACAGUAGCUGACUGAGGAGUAAGAAGGAAACUGCUGCAGUUUCUAUUUUCAGGUGUUUCUGUCACUUGAGCUUUUCCUUUGUGGAAGCUGCCAGGAUUUCCACCCCAGUACUUAACAUUUUCCUCAGUUCAAAAAUUAUUUUUAGUAGUGAUAAUGUUGGGGUUACUAGAAUUCUUUAGGUUUCCUAUGACCCCUCCCCUACACAAUGGACCACACACAGACUUACAUAAACUCACAUAUCAUGGCUCCUUUAGCUGAAGACAAGGAACAACUAAGAUUAGUUCUGAAUGGUAAGAUAAUUUAUUAGAUACCAAAAUAUGCUUGAAUUGCUUUUCUUGUUAGAAUGUAUAUUUUCCCUGGUAUGAGAAAAGAAAGGAUGAUGACAUCCCUAAUUUCAAUUACUAAAGGUUUCUAAUAAGCUUUGUUUGUCUUUCUUUUAGGGAACAGGGUAGAGGGAAGCUCUUAGGUUUUUGAAGUUCUUAGAUUGUUUGUAACCUUAUAUAGCUUUAUAUUAUUCUUUACCCCCACCCACUCAGAUAUUGCAUAGUUAAAAAAUAUUAUUUAUCCUCAAAAUGUGCAUGUUUUACAGCCUCUAAAAUGUUGUAGAACAAAAUUUAAUGAUAUGAAAAUAUACAUCAUAUUUUCAUUGAAAAUGGUAUAAACAAUUUUGUUUUAUAUAUAUAUAUACACACACACACAUAUAU